AUGAACAUAAUUCUGAGUACCGAGCCGGGACUUAGCACCGCCUGGCUCAUGGCCACCGUGGGCAAUAGAACUGUCCACAGAGAACUCUCUCGAAAAGAGCUCUGUCUGGUUUCUGUCCCUAGGUUGUGUGAGCUUUUGCCUAGCGAUGGCAACAUCUCCCUCAGAAUGGCUUCCAACUUGAUGUAUGGACUUACGCUAAUUCACCACCAGCAGGUCCGCUACGUGUUCGACGAUGUGAACACGGUACACCUGAAGUUAGCCAAACCGCCGUGCUUUGAUCGCUACCUCUGUGAGCAGAAGUCAGUGCAGCAUCGCCAGAGGAGGCAUGUGCCUUUGCCUGACUGUGACCACUUCACCAUGGGAGAUUUUGCCGCCUGGGACGAAGAAUGGUUCCAAGAUGAGCCUAGGGUCUCUUUGGAGAAGAGCAUCGACAACUACAUGUCCCUUGCACAGCGGGCUGAUUCUAUGGACAGGCUGCUUGACGAGAUCAUGAACCAGACUAUCGCGUCUAUUCGUAAUGAGACGACGUUGGGAGAAGCAGGGUUUGAGUUCAACAUCUACGGGGGCAUAGAUGGCGAUAUGAUGAAUUUGGAGGACGAGUUUCACGUUUCUCAGGAGUCUCACAUGGAGCCCUUGGAUAGAGUCAACGAGAUGGAGGCUCUGAGAAACAGAGAUUCCAGAGACCCACAUUUCUCUACAACGCUGAACCCAUUGCGGUCUACUGUGGAUCAAGCUGGCUCCAAAAGGAGGGCUAAAAGAAGGUGGCUAGCGGUGGACGAUGUCACUGUUCUCUCUCCUUACGCUUUCAGCUACCCACUUUUUUUUAGGAACUACGAUAUGGAGACGCCUACAAUGCCAGCUUCUCGACAAAAGAAGACUAAGGUGUCUCCCUGGAAGAUCCUCAAAGACCUCAGCACAUUGGCUCCUCCCAUGCUCAACUACGCCCGCCAUUGUAUGUUGCAGCCGCCACAGGGCACAAUUGCACCGUCCAGAAUGCCCUCUUUCAUGAGAGAACGCUUUGAUGAAGUGGAGACAGGGAGAAACGUGCAAGGUCUGAUGGAUGCCAUAGAAUACUCCCGAGGUGUAGGCAGGUCCCUUGAUUCGAGUUACGACUCUGCCCACCUUAUUGAUACCUUGGACUUGGACGACAUCGAAUUGGCCCUGGAGGAUGCGUGUCUCCAAUUUCCGCUGUCCCAAACAGAGAGCCAGGGUCCUGUCGGGCAUCAUCUUCACAGAUUGGCAUCGAAACUCUUGGUCUACAUACAGAGAAGAGCAGUCCAGCAUGGGACUUUGUGUGACUACGAGGGCAUUGAGGCUGUAGCACGGUCCCAAGAAUAUCGCAAGGUGUCGUUUGAAGCGGUUUUUCCGAGACAACCGUUGGAAGAGUCCGAUAUUCCGGUCACCAGGAAACUUGCAGCCAAAUCAUUUGGGACUGUUUUGGAGCUUGCUACGAAGAAAGCAAUUCACAUUCUACAAGGUCACGAUACGUCCGCUGAGCGCUGUUCGCUUCUUCUCUUACAGAAUGAAGUCUCGUCUUCAUAG